AUGGUGGAGAGGAACAAAAUACAAGUUCUGUAUGAUGCUUGUCAUGCCUUGUUUUCUCAGGAGGGGCUUCCAACUUUUCAACAAAUUCAUUAUCUGAAAAAUCUCCUAGAUAAAAUUGAAGCUAUAGAUGUAGGAAUUGACGAGUUCGGGUCGUGUGAUUCUCCGAUUUCAGAGACAAACAUAGAUGGCAGCAGGGGAUUGCUUUGUGGGCAAGGCUUCUCUGAAAUAACAUAUAUUCACAUUCAUGAAUGUGACAAUUUCUCUAUUGGCGUGUUCUGUCUUCCAGCAGGAAAGUUAUUUCCACUUCAUGAUCACCCGGGAAUGACAGUGUUGAGCAAGAUUUUAUAUGGCUCAGUCCAUGUCAAAGCUUAUGACUGGAUCAAAUUGGAUACUUCUGGGUGCAAAACAAUAGGAUUAGCAGGCAGGGUAAUUGAUGAAGUAAUCAAAGCGCCACAUGAGCCAUCUAUAUUAUUUCCAAGAAGUGGUGGCAACAUUCAUUCUUUCAAAGCGUUGACCCCAUGUGCAAUACUAGACGUGCUGUCUCCACCAUACUCUGAAGAGUUUGGAAGGCCUUCCACUUACUAUUCAGAUGCCCCUAUCCCUUCCCUCACUGGUUAUGCCAUGCUAGAGGAGAAACCAUUGCCUAAUGACCUAGUUGUUCAUGGAGCGCCGUACCUAGGGCCUUCAAUUGUAACUCUCUACGAUUACAACUUUUGUCAACUCGGUUUUCAAAACCAUGUAUAA